CGCUCACUCAGUGGUGGCGUACUGCCAUGGGAAGAGAAAGAAGCACAGAACAGAACAGAACAGAACACGUUGAAACUCGGGAGUGGAAGAAACGACCUCGUUCAAGAAUAUGAUGACGUGACCACAACCACUCUCUCCUAUAUAAUCAUCUCUUUCCCCCUCUCAUUUCGUUUUACUCUCUCUCUCUCUCUCUCUCCCAUUUGCUUCAGGAAUCGUAUUUUAAUUCUAAACCCAUUGCACUCUCCCCUCUUUCUCUCUCUCUCUCUAUUACCAAACAUGGGCAACGUCAAUGCAAGAGAUGAUGUCAACGGUACUCCAUCAGGAACUGAAGAAGAAGACGAGGAAGAAGAAGAAGAAGAAGAAGAAAGAGACACCGUCACCGAUUGCAUGUCUUCUCAGCAGAACCCUCGCUAUCCUGCGCCUUCUAACUUGAUCGCUCAUUCCCCCCCUCCUAGCCCUAGAGCUACUCAUUCCCCCUUCAUGUUCGCCCCUCAAGUCCCAGUGGUUCCGUUACAAAGACCUGACGAGAUGCAUGCUCCAAGUCAUUCCUGGAUGCAAACUACCUCAGGAUAUGAGGACAUGUACAGUGAACUAGGAAUUCCAACGAUGAUUACUUGGAGUUAUGAUGGGAAAGAAGUAGCUGUGGAGGGAUCAUGGGAUAAUUGGAAAGCAAGAAUGCCCUUGCAGAGAUCAGGGAAGGACUUCACAAUAAUGAAGGUACUGCCAUCUGGUGUAUACCAAUUUAGAUUUAUCGUAGAUGGACAGUGGAGGUGCGCACCUGACUUGCCUUGGGCUAAAGAUGAUGCUGGGAAUGCUUACAACAUUCUGGACUUACAGGAUUAUGUUCCUGAAGACAUUGGAAGCAUUUCUAGUUUUGAACCUCCUAAAUCACCGGAAUCUAGUUAUAACAACUUACAACUCAGUUCUGAAGAUUAUGCAAAGGAGCCGCCAUUGGUUCCUCCUUUCUUGCAAAUGACACUUCUUAAUGUUCCUUCAGCAAAUAUGGAAAUCCAGCCUCUUAUAUCCAGACCUCAGCAUGUAGUGCUCAAUCAUCUUUACAUGCAGAAAGGAAAAAGCAGCCCUUCAGUGGUCGCACUUGGUACAACUCAUCGAUUUCUAGCCAAAUACGUGACUGUGGUGCUGUACAAGUCUUUGUAGAGGUAAACAUAAAUGACAUGGAGUGUGUAGCCUUAAGGCCUUUUAUUAGUUAAUAUAGCAUCGAGCAGUACGGUUAUAAGUGAGAAAUUCUAAGCUGCAUAAGGAUCAUUACAUGAAAGUCAAGAUUGUGGUACAUAUAAUGCAGUUGCUUGAUGACCAUUCAUCAUGCAAUUCUGUUUCCAUUCUUACAUCAUCGGAUGAUGCUAUUCUCUAGGAAUUUUGAUUAAUCCACACUAAAAUAAAAGGGGAGUGAAAA